CACUAGAGCUACAGUUUGGCGCGGGCUGUCGCCGGCGUAGAAGUGUGUCGAGAGAUUCAUUUCGAACGAGAUGUUGGUGGUAGACGCGGGUUGUUCCACCCCGGGCAGUGCAUCUCCCUCUCUCUUGGAUUCACCCACUCUUGCGAGGGUGCAACGUGCCCGAUUACGACAAGAGGGUAGCGCAAGUGUUGGUGGGGUCGGCGUAGGGGGUACUUCACCCCUGCACCAUGCAGCCUGCUGUCAGUCGUUGCUGUCUGGCAGUGCUGGGGGUCGAGAGAUGCACGCGAUCAAGAAGGGGCUGUUGUGGCAGCAGCGAGACCGGAUCUUCUCGAGGUGGAAAGAGCGCUACUUCAUCCUCACACGUGACUACCUGCACUGCUUCAAGCGAUCAUCCGGCUCUGGAGCCGAUAAGAUCUCCGAGAUGGGACAGUUCAUCUUCAAGGUUAAGUUAGUAGAAGUGGAAAGGGUCGAAUGGAUCAACAAGAAGAAUUACAGUACUGUAGCCCUUGUGCUAGGGCGGGACGGCAGAGUCCUGUUGAGAGCUGCCGAUGGACUUGAAGAUUGGUUUGAGCUGUUGGAAGAAUGCAUGUUGUCGAGUAAGGAACGUCGCCGUGCACUCCGUAGCUCACAUGACCCCACCUGGCAACAUGGAGACACUCAUAACCUUAGUUCAAUCAACAGUUCUUUAGAAGAGUGGCUUCUUGCGAGGCACAAGAUAGCGGGCCUGCAGCAUUUAUCUGACUCAGUGCCUGACCUGCCACUUCUCAAGCAUCAGAAUCAAGAGCGAGCAGAAUCAAGGAUGCCAGACGACGAGGAAGACGACGUGGACGAGGAACAGUGGCUCCGACGCAGGCCACCGAAUCACGAGCAACGACUCUCCCUCCUGACAGACAUUGACAUCAAUGGUUGUGAUAUGCAUAUGGAAACUCCACCUCCUUCCAUGCCUGCGACCUUCAGGGGCAGACCCACCAGCUACCGCCUCAACAGUGACGUGUUCUUCAUGUCUGCAGGUUCAUGUACACUUUUAUAUGUUCUCAGACUCUAAUUUUUACAGUCAGAGUUUAGUGUAAAACUUUGGCCUUUAGGAAUGAGCCAAGUUAUCAGACGUUUUGCCAUCAUCAGGGUGAGUUUCCAAAAGAGCACCAACCAACUUAUUUUCCUUGAAGAUGGUAACUGUAAUGUUUGCCAAAACAUUGGAUAACUUUCAACACUCAGUGUGGCUGGCGUUUUGCUGUGAAUAUAAUAAAACAUUUUCAUUUCCCUUGGAAAAGACUGACGUUGCAAUGCAAUGCAAUAUUCAGACAGUAGGGGACUAACCCAUAACACGUAAGUUCCUUUCAUGGCUACACCGUAUAGAAA